UAUAUAUAAGUCCCUUUCAGAAUUACUCUUUUCUCAAUAACCAACAGAAAAAUCUCUACAGCAAGCAAACCCUUCUUGUAAUUGCUGACCAACAUUUUGCAUUUUGUACGUUCUUGCUGGUAUUUUAAAGAUUUAGACUUGCAUGAUGAGCUCUAGUUCUCUGAGGUUGGAAGGUCUCCUGGACGUCACCCUAAUCUUUAACUCCUUCCACAGACUCCAGCAGAUUCAGGUUCCGACUUUGGCUCAAAAACUUUGAUAGAGGAUUGCUUCCAGUCAGAAGAAAAAUGUUAGUCAAAUGAAAGAUUACUCUACAACCUGGAGCUGAAAGGGGUCUGUAGAAAAUGGGGCUUAACUUUAAAAAAAGAAAAAAAUGGGGUGGUGUUAAGAGGACAAAAAGAUGAAAAUGAUGACUGGAGAAAAAAAACAAAUAUAAAAAUUUAAACAAAGACGUGAAAACAAGAAUCUCAACAGGAUGAACCUAAAGUAAGGACCUCAUAAAAAGUCAACCUAAAAAAACUUCACCACAAAAUAUUCAAACUUAGAUUUUUUUUUUUUUAAAGUCCUAAUAAUUUUUUUUCAUAAAUAAAAUGUGUCAUGAAUAUUGUGAAACAGAUUUGGAAGAAAAGUUCUGGGAUUUCUUUUCUGACCUUUUCAUUUUUCAGCUGCUUUCCAGCAAAGGAGACAAGCCUCAGAGGCGUUUUUUCUUCUUCUUUUUUUUUUUUUUUUUUUUUUUUUUGGUUGGAUUAGAGUUAAGUAACAUAAUCGUCCGAUGUUUCAUUUUCUCUGCUUCCCUUUUCGAAACUCUUUGUCAUGUUUUGGCAGCAUGCUCUGGAUAGUCGUCAUGCUGAAAGCCUCCAUUUGGCGCCAAACUUUCAGACCAGGCAUCGUCCUGUCAGCCCGUGUUUUUGCACAUUCCCAGCUAAAUCUACAACUUGUCCCCUCAACAUGUGGUAUUUAUCAUUUUCACAGUUCCUCAUACAGUAAUCCUGCAUGUGCACAUCAUGGUCAGAGCUAUGCAUUAGAGUGUUUUUUAAUGACCCCCAUCUGAUGCACGUAAAUAUAUUUUGGUCCUAUUUUACCAAUUAGACAUAAUUAACAACAGUCCCCCCCAUCCCUACCCACCAUAUUAGAGAAUUAUAGAGCCUGUAAACAGUUUUCUGAGUUUCUUUGGUAUUUCCUCUACAUGUGCAGCUGAGGUGCUGACAUGCAGAUGUGGGCCCAAUUCGCUUCUCAGUUUAAUCAACUAAUUGUUUGUUUAUGCUUCCUUAACAUAAAUGGGCAGCAGAUGACCACAAUAGUGUGAUGGGGCCAUUUUCUUAUACUUUUUUUUCCAGUAAACUAAGGCAGAACUAUAAUUUUGCACGUUCUUAUAAUGACUCUUUUCCCAGGAAUCUGGAUAAACACGUUUGAAUUUUUUCUCUAAUCUACACCAGAUUAAAAAAACAAAUAGACACUCAGGCUCCAUGUAAACGUCAACCAUCAUAAAUAUUUCAUUUAAAUUCAAUUAAAUCUAAUUCACUUCAAUUCAUCUUAGUUCGAUUCAAAAACACUUUAUUUAUCCUAAAAGGGAAAUUAAAUGUCAUGACUAACAUCAUCCAAGCACCUUCAAAUAGGUUGUUAAGGACGGUGACGCUCUGGACAGGAAGUGACGCUGGGUAGCAGUCAGUCUUGCGUCAACGCUAAAUAGGCCUCUGAUUGCAGACCGUCGCUGUCUUUCUGUCUUAACAGCACAAAAUCAAGGCAGGAGAUUUCACAGUUACAUGUCCUGGUUGGCACUAUAUGUCGCCGGCGAGCACUGCUGAUCCGUGUCGUUUGCUUUGGCUGCUCCUCUUUUAAGUUUCUGCCUGGUUGUACGGUCAGAAAGUCGGGGGUGUGUCCCUCAAGCAUUGUGUUUGACGGAAGACACGGUUUGAAUUUUCUCUUUCUCUCUCUGCUCUUCGGUCCAUGAAGCCUCCUUGUUUACUCCUCUGGUACCUCAGAUUAAACGCGAUGGUGACAAUAACGAAGCUGCAUCGAGUGAGAGCUGCGUGGAAGAGAUGCUGCCUCGUCGCCAUGUCGACUCUUCUGUAGUACACCAUGACCUAUGUCUGAAUUCGUGUCCAGGUGUUUUGCUGAUGUUCCUGCUGCCAGUCGUCGAAGCCCAGCGUGUUCCAGCCUGCCCCGUUUCUUGUGCGGUCUGCUCGGAGGAUGCAGUCAUCUGUCAGAGGCUUGCUAACAUCAUUGAUGCUGCAGACUCGACCCAGGCUCUGCUGCUAACUGAGGGCUCCAUCUCUGUGGUCCAGCAGGCCUCGCUGUCUGUCCUCAGGAACAUCACGGUUAUAGGCCUGAGCAGCAACCACAUCUCAGAGCUUAGUGAGGACGCCUUCAGAAACCUGCCUUUCCUCCACACUUUGCUGUUGGACCACAACCUCCUGACCAGCCAGGCUCUGGAGGGUGGAGCGCUGAUCAAUCUCAGCCAGCUGGAAGUUCUUGCGCUGGGCCACAAUCACAUCAACAUGAUCCAGGCUGGUUGGUUUACAGGCACAAAGGCUCUGCUCAGCCUGAAGCUGGAGGGAAACCUGGUCACCAGGCUGAACCCUGGAUCCUUUCCUCUGAACGACUUCAGGAGCCUGGAGACUCUGGAUCUUUCGGAUAAUUUGAUAGAUUUUCUGGACAGAAACAGCUUCCGAGGUCUGGUUAGCUUGAGGAGCCUGGAUCUCUCCAGAAACCGUCUGAGUUCAGUUCCUCCAGAGGCUUUCUCCUACCUUGUGUGGCUGUCGAACCUGAACCUGGACCUCAAUUCGUGGAACUGCACAUGCGAGCUGCUGGAGCUGGCUGCCGUCCUGACGAGCUUCAUCCAGGAGCCGGACAAGGCGCUGUACAAUGGCCGUCGGAUGAUGUGUGUGAGUGCGGACAACCCGGCUGUGACCACGGUGCUGGAGCUGACUGAAGCCAACUGCGUGCCGUCCAAUCAGAACAUCACGGUGCAGAUAGAGGCGAGAGGCAGCGUGGCGCCUCAGCAGUACGCUCGAGACCUGGCCAUAGCUGCAGUCAUCUGCUUCCUAGGAGGAGUCGCUUUGACCCUGCUUGCAGUCUUGAUCUGUUACCACGUCUCUCAACAGAAGAAGAAGAAGAAGAAAGAGAGCCAAAGACUGAAGGAGGAACGGGACAAAGACAGAACAACUGCUAACCAUGUAAAUCAACUCGGAGAUCAGGAGAGGACGAGGGAUUUUUUCUUGCAAGCCAACAGCAGUCAACAAUGGAGCAAAGAGUCCAUGACGCUGGACGAAAGGAUGGAUAUGUUUAAGUCCAGAGCUGAAGAAAAUGGUAGCAAUGUCCAUUGCCCUCAUUGCAACACUAAUGGGAAGAUGCCGAACCAAAUGAGAAAGGGUAAGUGGGCAAAUGGAGGACCUGAGGCUGAAGAUGUCCAGGAGAGAAGGAAAUUGAGGAUGAUGGUGGAAGAGGAGAGAAGGAGAGGAGUUAUUCAACAACAGAAUUACAGCUGGAAUGUCUCUAACAAGGUUCCUCCCCACAUCGCCAACUCAUCUUUUCAUCUGCUGAGAGAAACGUCAGACAAUGUUCCACCCUACAAGGCUGACGGUGACAUGGGCAACCACUGGACUGAUGAUGAAUCAAAGAGCAGAAGUUAUGAGGAAGAAAGAAAUUGCCACAGGACCUCCAGACCUCCAGAGGAGAACUUGACACACAGGACGCCUCACUCCAACCAAAUGGACGUAUCUGAUUUCAAUGGCAAGGUAAGGAGGGAGCCGUUUAGAAAGAUGAACACAGAGGUAAAAAGAGAGGCAAAAAAUGUAAAGUUUGAUCUGACAAGUUCAAGAACUAAUCGAGGCAAGGAAAGUCUGGAGGAGGAGGGGGAGGCAAUUCCCAGAGGCAACGAGAAAAACAGGAGACACAGAGUCCAGUCCAGCCAUUUGAUGAAGGUCAAAUUGAACUUAAACCCCUUAAAAAAAAGCAAAGUCCAUCCGAGGAAGAAAAAUGAGCAUGGUCACACCAAGAACACAAGCUCCAAGACGAGUAAAGAGAAAAGACGGCAUGGAAAAGGCGAAGAGGAGGAAGGAGAAGAGAAAUCUGGCAAGAGAUCUAAGAGUAGCAGAGAGAAGAAGAGAAAGUCCUCCAAAACGGAGGAGGCAGAUGAAGGAGAGCAUAAAAGCAGCACAUCUAAAAGAGAUAAAAGUGCAGAAGGUGACCAAGAAAAGAACCAAAACAUCUCCCAGCCGCCUGACGGCACCACCGUCUCUGCACAAAACCUCCAGACUCUCCAGUACCAGACUGCGGGACUGGCAUUGGGUGGGGCUCAGCUGGCUUUCCAGCAUCCCUUCUCCUUCGGUCCAGCUGACAGGAAUUGUACUACCAACCUUUCCUUGCUGAACUCGCCUGGCUCACAGCUAACUGGAAGCACCCUGUCUCUUCAAGCAGGGAAGGCUUUGCUCAACACCAUGUCCUCAGGAUCCUAUCCACUGCUCACCGGUGGUCUGGCUAAUCCCAUUGCUCCUGGCGUAACACUCAGUGGGUUUAACGUAGCUCCAGAAAGCUUCGCUGGACAACCUGCAGUAUCGACCAGGUCCUCAAAUCCUGCUCUUCUGGCCAAAAUUAUACAAGCCAAUCCUUUACAAGCAGGUGGAAACCCCACAGCUCCACUUCUUACCUCUACAUCUGAUGGUCUUGUCUUGAGUUUAGCAAACCCAGCUAAUAAUCCAGCUGCAUUGGGUCACAGCCAGACGCAGGUCGACGGUUCUGCAUCUGCAGCGGCGCCGAAGCUUGAUCUAACUCACAGUCAAGACAUUCAGAGCGGACAGGGACAGAUUCAAUCGACCACUGAGUCACAAGCCCCCUCUACUAAAGACAACCUCCCUGAACAGGAUCAAGACGAGACGUCGGGGGAAACCUCAGAAACGAGAGUGGAGAAAAUGUCUGUCAAUAUGCCUCCUGAGGGUGUGGCUCAAACUGAAGGACCUCAGGUAGGAGGAUCAGGAGAAUGUCUGAAGGCAGACAAUACGUCUGUAAUGGAUCAAUCAGCUCCUAGUCUGUCCAUACCAGGUGAAUCCUCCCCAGCUGCUGGAGGGGCGGCCCUCUUGCAGCAGGAGUACCUGUCAGAAGAAGGAGGCUCCUCACCGAGCCGGAGGAAGCUGAGGCUGGUUCUUCCAGAAAAAACAUCAAACCGGCCGCCUACAGCUCUAGAGAGGAAAAUCCUCUAGCAGCUCAGAUCAUUGGUUCCUUUUUAAAUUCGGGUGUGUAAAGAUCUGAGUAAAAAAAAAAAACAGUGAAUGGAGGAAGUGCAGUUGAUAUUGAUGAACUGUCCAAAAAUAUCCAAUUGGUGUUGGUGGUGGGGGGAAGAGAAACCAAACCUGUGUAAGACAGUUGCACUUGUUGAGACAGUUUGAGAUCCUAAAGUGUAUGUGCUAAACGCACAAAAUGUUGGCCUGUGAGCGGAAGGGAUGAGACCGAAACAGCUAUGGAUGAUUGGCCGGCACGGCUUGUCCGGCUGCUGCGUGAUCUACCUGCAGGGACGGGGUUACGUCCAAAACCUGCUCCAGUUGCUUCUUAUUACUUCUGUUCCUUCAAAAUGGCUUCCACUGUCAACAAGCAGCAACCUUUGCAUUAAAGCAGAGGUUACAACUGUAUGUUGAUGAUUCACGUUUUAUUAGUUGUUUUGUUUACAUUUUUUAUGUUUUCAGUACUCUUCUUCAGCACCGUCUGAUAGGCCACACGUAUUGUCCAUCUUCUUGAAUCUUUAAGUCUUAUAUAAGUCUUAAGUUUUAUAACCUGCCUCUACAUUAAAGCCAUUUCUUUUUGAAUCCCAAAUCACUGCUCAUAAACGGAGAAGGUAAUGCUGCGGCAUACGGGUGCAGUAAGGUUAUGUACAAAUAUCCAGCUGCAGUCAGAUAAAGGUAUUGCCAACCGCUCGGCGAUAAACAACAUGAAACAUGUUUUGAAGUAACGACUGCACAUCGGUGCAGCAUCGACUUUAUUCUCAAACACAUUAUUAGAAUCUAAAAAUAAGAAAAUCUUCAUGGUUGAUGCCCAGAGUCCUUUCAUCUGCCAAAAUAAAACACAUGAAUACAAAUAGAUACAGAGCAACAGAGAGAUGCCUCUUUCCAUUAUCCUCAACACAAAAACAAACCUCAGUUUAAUAAAAAAAAAAAAAAC